CGCCCACAGUCCCAUGAGCUGGCACGAUGAACUUGGUAGCGACGUUAUUUUGUGCAGUGACGACAUUGCUGUCGGUUCAGGCAAUCACCGUAUCGGUUGACCGUGCCGACGUACGCCCAGUCACACUCCCUACAAAUAAUGGCGAAUCGAUGCUGAUUAACGGUUGGCGUCCAUUGACCAGCAGCUAUGACAACAUUGGCGUCAAUGUGUCGCCCUCGAGUCAACUGGAUCGCAGCUUUGCGCCACUCCACCCCGUACUUGGCAAACUUCAGGAGCAUAUGGCCGUAUCCGAGAGAUUGAAGCCACAAAAGUCACAGUUCGAUUUUAAUCCACCCAGUAUCCUUGGAAGUUUUACCGUUUUCAGCGCUAAGCAGCGACUCGAGGGUACAGACCCAAAGACUCUAUCUACCGAGAGAGAAUAUUCUUUCCUUGUACCACCACCGAGGGAUGCCUUGAGAUUUGAGUUGGAACCAACAAAGAAAACAGCAGCGCUGAGCGAGCCCUACGUGAGAUCAUCUCAGUUCAUCCCGCAAGCUAUCAAACCUGAUCAGCGCACACCGACCUACUACAUCAAACCAGCGAGUUUUUCAACCGCUGUUCACCCUUUCUCUCAAGCUCGUCCUUUCGUCAAUCAAUACAGCCUACAACAAGCUCUGCUGCCAUCCAGACAGCCAGCCAAGCAAUUCGAGAGCGUCAAAAUUAACAACGAGAAGCCAUUCUAUCAGCAGCAACCUACCGCCGAAAUCCCUAACAAAGCGGCCAACGAACAAAACUACGAUCGAUUUCAGCAGCACCAAGUAUCGCCACAAGUAAUCAAUGGUAAUUUCUACAAUCAGAUCAACCACCCAGCGCACUACAAGCAGUCGACUUUCGAGCGCGAUCCUGGCUUCCUCGUGCACGAGAGCCACGAGGUCAGUUACGUCACCCCGUCGAGUGCUUUCAAGUUCCGACCGUCGUAUCAUUUUGACAAUACCGUACCGCAAGAAGCCACGCCGCGCCCGGAAUCCAACAAAUUCACUGCGGCCCAGCAGCAGCAGAGCAGCGGUGCGAGUGCUCAACGUCCCGAGGGAUUCAAGCAAGACAAGGGGCAGCGAGCGAAUGCUUUCUACUUAACAGACUUCCAAAAGACGCGCUAUACCUCGGACAUCAACGAGGUCCUGCCGAAAACUAAUCAGCCGGUCAAGUUUAAUCAGGUGACUGCCACCUCAGCGCCGUAUGUACCGAAGCUUGUCUAUGUGAGACCGGAAUUGCAACAGCAACAGCAAUAUCAGAGUUCAAUCAUACCGUUGAAUAUCAACCAACGUCCACCGGAUGUUGAGUACGAGACUCCCGAAAGUGUUUCACUCAAACAUUAUAACGAGCAGCAAUUCUUGUUGCAACAGCAACUUAUACAGCAGGAUAGGCAGAGAUUAAGGGAGCAAGAGAAACGUAGGCAGCAGGAGCUGCAACGACAGCAGCAGGAAGAACUCUUGAAGAGGCAGCAAGAGAUCAAGUUGUUGGAGCAGAUGCAAAAGGAAAAGCAGCGUUUAGAGCACCAGCGUCUAGAGCAGCAGCGUCUAGAGCAGCAGCGUCUUGAGCAACAGCGUCUUGAACAGCAACAACAACAACGUCUCGAGCAGCAACAACAGCAGCGCCUGGAGCAACAGCGUCUUGAAAAACAACGCCUUGAACAGCAACGGUUGGAGCACCAACAGCAGCUGCACACAACCCAACCGGAUAUCGUGAAAGAACUUCCGCAAGUUCACUAUGGUCAACCUUAUUCUAUGGAAAAGGACAGAGUUCCGAUCGAACAGUACAAAUAUGUGCACCAUCAACUACCACCGCAAGUGCCUUCGGAAGCACUAUUCCACCCAUCAAAAGAAAUCACUCCGUUCAAACAAGUCACUGUUCAAAAGUUCGAGGAAGUGGUCACCCCAGGAGGUGCUCAGCCGACGACUCAAGAAGAUUUCCAACCAGUGAUACGCCCUUACCGCCCACAGAAGCCUAUCAGGGAUCAAUACAGACGACGAAAACCAACGACAGUCGCAUACGACACUGUGCCAACUGAAACGCCAGCAAUCACUAGUCCUCAAACGCCACAGGAUUUGACUGACGUACCCAUACAGACAACCAGUCAAUCCGAGAUAACGACAGUACCGAUGACCGAAAGAAUUGUUCGUACACGACGACCUGGAGCUUCACUCAGACGACGAAGACCUUCGACCACCACCACUACUCCCGAGCCCAGCGUUUCUUCUCAGGAGUAUGAGGAAGAAUUAGUCAAGUAUAAUACUCCUGAGAAUCAGGACUUUGAGAAAAAGAAACGCCCGAGACCAACGAGUCAAGAAAAUACUUUCGAUAAACGUCCUCUCAGAAAACGGCCCAAUCAAUCCGUCAAAGUGUACAACAAAGAACACGGCGAGUUCGAUACGGUGCCAAAGAGAGUUGCAACAACGGAACAGCCAUUUAGAGAAAUUUCAGCGACAGAUAAUUACCCUGAACCGUUCUUGAAAGAAUUAUAUUCAUCCGAAUACAUUCCAACUUCGGAAAAAAUAAUAACCGUAGACAAUCAUCGGGAAGUCUCAACUGAAACCAUUCCAAUUGAAUUUUACGAGACUACUAUAGCAUCGAACUUGGAGUACCAACCAACUCAUGAAAAUCGUCAAGAGCAGUUCACGCAGCAGAAUGAGAAUGAAUCUUCUCUUGAACAUUUGUUUACAAGAACGGAGAUGAACUAUAUUGAAACUACAACCGCUCCUCUGCAAUCUACUUACCUGACGAUACAAACCACAACCACAACGACUACGGAAGCUCCUACGACGACGACGACUAAAGCAACCAUUGCCGUGCCAAAAGUAACUCAACGAACUCGAGCACGCUAUGGCAAUGCAACUCGGCCACGAUUUAGCAUAAAAGAUUACAAGAGUAGAAUGGAGUACAAAAACCGAUUAGCUCAGUCUACAUCGACGGAACCAUCGACGGUAACCGUUGGAGCCAAAAUUCGUGGCCACAAAAAUCAACAAGCUCCUGCCGACCCGAAUUUCAAAGAGCCCGCAGGACGGUACAAGUAUAUGUCGCGUUCGAGUUACCGAACGACCUUAUCGACCACGCCAACGAGCCAACAAACCGACGAUAAUAGCUUCACGACCGAACGAGCGAAUCGUUUCACCCCUAAGAAGAAGAUAAAUACCAGCCACUACUAUAGAAGUCGAGUGACGACGUCAAUGACCCCUAAUAAAUACGAUCAAGAACAUUCGGCUGCGCAAAGCACUGCCCGACCGGAGAACGUUUUUUCGUCGGCGAUCCGUAAGAGGCCGACGCUGAAAAGUAGAUUACCAGGAAAACCAGUGGCUACAGAAAUGCAGUCAGCGGCGGAGACUGGCUCAUUCGCCACUACGACGCUACCAGCCACCGAUGCGGCCAACGAAAUUGAAGCGCCCAAACAGGUUGAGCCGGAAAAGCCACAAGUCGACUUGAGCGAUGUCACCAUGGACGAGAGCGACGACAAAGCAAACGUUGAGCUACAACAACAGCAAACAGCUGCACCGAUGACCACCGAAGCGUCUGCACCAAAUCUCGCAGCCGAUUCGACGACACCCUUUGAUCUCAGACACGAGGAGGAACUAUUUGCUAAAGCUUCGCAAAGCGUUGCCGACUUGACUAGCUCGGCUUCUGCGCUUUAUAACAAACCUGGAAUGUUCAAGGCUGUUUCGCCUUCUGGUGAGAAUAGAGUUAUAUCGACUCAUUUAAAAAUUUCUACUGAUGAGCCUACCCUUCCCAUUGAAGCUUUCUUCCAGGAGCUUGCUAAGAAGAACUGA